UCUAUCGCGUAGAAAGUCGGAUCACCUCUAAUGAUUUCCCCCUCACUAUCGAUCCUCUGUCCAAUCAACGAUCAGUAUGGGUACACUACGGUAUCUAUAAACAGCGAGUUGCUCCUGAAGUUAUUAUUAGAUUGGAAACUAUGAAACGGGCGUUUUUUGUUUAGUCUGUAUUUAGCUGCGACUGAGAGAGAUACAUUGUAACGUGCACUCGAUAUUAUAAUUUAUAAAGCUUAAAGAUGGAAACAAAACGCGAUUUACAUCUACUCUUCUUGUACGAGUUUAAAUUAAAUCAUACUGCAGCUCAAGCUUCAAGAAAUAUUAAUCAGGCAUUCGGUGAUGGAUCCACCAAUGAAAAAAAUGCUCGAUAUUGGUUCCAAAAAUUUCGUUCUGGCAAUUUGAGUAUCGUCAAUGAGCCUCGAGGAAGACCACCGGCCCGUAUUGAUAACGAGGAAUUAAGGACGACUAUGGAAUCCGAUCCACACACAACUAGUCGAACACUUGGGUCUAAACUAGGAACUAGUCAUACAGCUGUGUUAAAGCAUUUGCGUGCAAUAAAUAAAGUCAAAAAAUAGUUCUUCAGCUAUACGUUGAGUAAGUUAUAUAUUGUUCAUUUUAAGAAUGGCUCGUACUAAGCAAACUGCACGAAAGUUAACUGGAGGAAAGGCUCCUAGGAAGCAAUUGGCUACCAAGGCAGCUCGAAAGAGUGUACCUGCAACUAGUGGAGUAAAGAAACCUCAUCGUUAUAGGCCUGACAACGUGGCUCUUUGUGAAAUUCGUCGUUAUCAAAAGAGCACUGAAUUACUUAUUAGAAAGUUACCAUUCCAACGUCUCGUACGUGAAAUUGCUCAAGAUUUCAAAACCGAUUUACGUUUCCAAAGUUCAAGUGUAAUGGCUUUUCAAGAAGCUAGUGAAGCAUACUUGGUUGGGUUAUUCGAAGAUACUAAUCUUUGUGCUAUUCACGCAAAACGUAUUACUAUCAUGCCUAAAGAUAUUCAAUUGGCACGACGAAUUAGAGGAGAAAGAGCUUAAUUUGAUCAGGUUUCAAAUAACAAAAAAUGGUCCUUAUCAGGGCCAGCAUUUCCUUUAUGAUAGGCUUAUUCUCAUUCACAAAUAAAAAUAUAUAUUUAUCAAUAAAUAUUCCCAUUACAACGUAUAUUUUUUCUUAAUAAAAUUUAGGAAAUAAGUUUAAAAAGUUGAAUAUAAUUAUACUGAAUUUUUUUGCAAAUGUAUUUUCAUAUAUCCAUGUGGUAUGACAAUAGAACACUAAGUGAGAAUGAUAAUAAAAAUGGCAG